GACGGCGCCGCGAGCCCAUCGCGAGUCCAGACCCACGGACUAAAAAAGAAGCUUUUGCCAAGCGCAACGAUGAAUCCGUCCCCACGUUCUCCUCCAUUCCCCCUUCUUGGCACCUUUCUGGCAGAAGCUUGCCGUCGUCUGCUCGCGUCCCGACUGUUUGGUAGUUCUUGGCUGCUUUAUUCUUGGUUUUUAGUUCAACGUCCCCAGUUGUUUGUUGUCUUGCAGCGUCUCUCGCAGAUCGCCAAGCCAGGUCCCCUCGGAGCUAGGUUCGGACUCUGGUCCGUCUGGUCGCAAUGUCGUCCGACACUCCCCCGUUGCUUGGGCAUAGGAAGCGCUCGGGUUUGUACGUCCGCGCCCAAUCUACGGUCCCCGUUCAGCCAGCACACAGCGAACUCAAUUCUGACUGGGAUGCAUGCAGAAAGGACGAGAAGGACAAGCGGAGAAUUCACAAAGUCGCGCCGUGGAUAAAAAAUCCCCUCCAGGGCGUCGACAAGAAGAGCCUCGUCUUUGCUCCGCGCCACGAAGCAAGCACGCUCGAGCUGUUCUUCGAUCUAUUUUUCGUCGCCAACUUGGCCACCUUUACGGCGUACCACUCCAUCGUCGACCACUCGUCUCUCUUCGCCUACGUCGGCUUCUUCGCCAUAAUAUGGCUGACCUGGUUCCACAUCACCCUGCACGACGUCCGCUUCGCCCAUGACACCGUCUACGAGCGGGCCUGUAAGACGCUGCAGAUGAUCGUCUUUGUCGGCUUUGCCCUCGUCGGCUCCGCCUUCGCCCCCGGCACUGACGACGGCAACAACACCAACUUCCGCAUUCUCUGUUACACCCUGGUGAUCAGCCGGGCCCUCUUCGUGGUGCAGUACAGCAUCGUCGCCGUCUUCGUCGUCAUGGCCCGCCGCACCGACAUCUUGCUGCCCCUGGCCCUCAACAUCCUCACCUAUGUCGUCGCGGGAGCCGCCUUCGGCGCCAUGAUCCCUUCGUUUGCCGCGGAUAAACCCGUCGACCCCAACAACGGCAUCUACUCCGUGUGGUGGGUCGUCAUGGCCGUCGAGACUAUCGCCACCAUCGGCAUCUCGUCCAUCUGGCGCAUGGUCAGCUUCAAGAAGACGCAUCUGGUCGAGCGCAUGGGCCUGCUCACGCUCAUCGUCAUUGGCGAGGGCGCCAUCGGCGUUACCAAGACCAUCAGCCGCAUGAUGGGCAAGAACGGCCUCGACCCCGAGGGUUGUGGCAUGAUUCUGUGCAUCAUCUUACUACUGAUUGGCUUGUGGAUGAUUUACUUUGACAACCACCCCCACGGCCACUACGGAACCAUCCGGCAGCAGAUCUGGUCCACUUUGCACUUUCCCAUCCAUCUCAUGAUUGUUGGUCUCGUCGAGGGCGCGCAGCAGAUCGCCCUGGCCCGCUACACGUCCCGGGGCAUCACAAAGCUCGAGAAGAGCUUUGCGCAGGCGUGCUUCAAGGACCACCUCGACGGCGAAAAGCUUUCCGAGAAGUUGUUCGACGCCGUCGAGUAUUUCCACCUCGAUAAGAAACUACAGGGCCUUAUCUACAUGGACGAAAUUGAAGUCGGCAUCUGGACCGUCGGCAACGAGACGGGCAUCUGCGGCAAGACCGUCACGGGUUCCGGAUUCUCCGACUUCCCUGAUGACUUGGCAAACGUCUUUUACUACACCGUGUCGGCGAUCUACAGCGCGCUGGGUCUGAUAUUGCCGCUGGAUAGGGACCCAAUCGAGGUUAUGUUCGAAUCCUGGAAACUCGUCUACCGCUAUUUCUGGGCAGCCUUCCUCGUUCUCACAGUCUGCUUCCUUAUUUGCAUGAUCUUGAUCCGGCGCAAUAAGAUGGACGUAUUUGACUGGACGACGCUGUUCAGCAGGGGCACUGCCAUCGUCAUCGCCGGAGUCCUUUUGGCCCUCUCGUCGAACCACGACCUCAUGUACGGAAUCCUCGAGAAGGAUAUCAUUCUGCCGACGGCGGUUGUGCUGUUGUAUCUGAUCAUCGUACUGGACCGUUUUAGCGCCAAGAUUGCCAAUUGGAGGAAUAGGAGAUCAGGCGAGCCUCUGACUGGCGUCGGUGGCCACGGCCACGGUGGUGACGAAGGACAUGAAGACCAUGACGAUCAUGGAGGACACGGGGACGACCACGAAAAGGGCGACGGCAUCAGCCUCUCUGUCAUGCCCGUUACAGCACACCGCAUGUCAUAUAAUCCCCUCGGCGGCGCUGUCAUGCCGGCAUACCACGACACGGACGCGCCAUUGUAUGGCGGCCCAACAGUCACGUACUCGCAGCCGCCGCCCGGCCCGGGAGCCAUGUAUUCUCAGCAACAGCCCCCGCCAGCAAUGCCUGUCUUCUCCGAGAGCACGGCAUACAACCCAGGCGGCUACAUGCCAGUCUCGGUGGCCAGCACCGCCCAGGACCCUGGCGCUUAUAAGCCGGUUUCGGCUGUCGGCACGGUAUAUGACCCUGGCGUGUACAUGCCCGGGUCCGUGGCCGGCAUGACAUAUAACCCCGGCGGGUACGCGCCAGUGCACAGCGCCCAGCACGAAGGCCACCCCGGAUACUGAGUGAUUAUGGUCCUUACGAGUUGCGUUUCAUUUUGUUUGCGGGGCACUGCUUUGUAUAUUGUCGUCUUGCAUAUAUAAUUUCGGUUGUAAAUAACGGCCUAUGUCAUUAUUCUGAUCUGGCGGGAGCGUUGGAAAUACAAUGAGAGGAAAGCGGUAAUGAAUGAAAACCUAGAUAGAUUGCUUUAUAUUAGAUACUAAAAAUAUUUGGC